ACCGGCCAAGUCCAAGUCAUCUUCACAACGCUGUCUCAUCCCACCACCGUCAACCCACCAACCAGACAAAAGCCCUUCAACAUGUCCGACAGCAAGCAAAAGACCCAACAAGAGGUUUCCUCCGAGUUCACUUCAUACUACCUCCAACGAGCAACCAAGGAGUUUGCCGAGGAUCUGGACAAGGUGCGCACGGCUGACGACUUCAAGAACGAUGCGAUCCACCUGCUAGUGAACGCGCUACAGCAGGGCACUGCGCUCUUCUCUCCCGAGGAGCAGAGGAGGAUAGUCGAGACUGCGGCGGAGAGGAAGUGAUGACGACGAGAGACGGAUGUUUUGAAUGGAAGGGAUCACGGAGGUUCAGACGGGUUGGAGGUUACAUGUUGCGUGAUCGCAGGAAGGAAGAUCCGAAGAUGGGAGGACGUC